CGGCGACGGCCGCCUCAGAGGGUCGACGGGUGGCACGAAUCAAUACCCUUCGACCUAUCUCGACGCCUUUUUCGAGCAUGCAUACGUCAAGGCACGUAGGUUUAUUCGGUCAGUGUCGCAUUUUCACCAAGGCGAAACGGCCGCGGAUCCACGAUCCGCCGUGUCGAGCCAGUUGGGACGAAUCGUGACAAGGAGUAUGGCUACCUAAAUCUUGCCUCUCUCGUCCUCUUCGCCGCUCCGCGCCCCGUUGACUCGCUCUUUCAGCCCGACGCAGCAUUCGUCGCGUUUGCGUCAGUCGUUAUCGAGACUCGGCCGUGGACGCGACGAGGUCAAACGCGCGGGACCAAACAACGUUUUAUUGCCAAAGUACGGCUGAUAAAUUAACCGUGAUAGAUUAAUCGAUGCUUUGUUUGGUGAAUUCGCUAGCGAGAAAUAUUGUAUUUUCUUUUUUUUUUCUAUCACUUGUGCCAAUAGUUGCGUAAUCCACAUUAUUCCAUCGAUUCAAUUAAAAAUAAUAACUUCCGCUCAAGUGAUAUCAGGUGUUUUAAGACGCAACAGCGAUAACGCGAGCGUUCUAGGCCAAGUACCGCGACGUGGAAGUACCAACCGGAAACGAGCUCAAUGAUCGCGUCGAAGCGGCACUUGGUGUUUGUGGUUACUCGCGUUACGAAAUGCUCCCGCGAACGAGCAAAACGGUACCGAGCCCUCUCGGUCUCGGCUUCGGCCAAAUUCAAAGAGGCAAGAAAGGAUCGCGUAUACUCGAGUGCGUUUGUCGAAGAUCAAGCUGGUUGUUGCUGUUGCUGUCGGCCGUGCUGUUCGCCAGCCUCUACGUCGUCUCCUUCGAGGAGAAUUACGAGUUCGACUUCCCUUCGCGGUACCGUUUCUCUUACGGCUUGUACAACGUCACGGAAGGAACGAUGGACGGCUACCUGGUGUGGAAUUCGAGGUGCCAAAUGUUGUCGAAGGAACCGAUGGACCCGUCGAUCCGGGCUUACGUGAAGAAGGAAAAGUUUCAAAGAUGCUCGAACGAGCCUCCGCUAACCGAGGUGUCGCGCGACGAGAACGGCAGCGUGAUUCUAUCAAUUAAUCCGACCGCCUCGACCCUUCACCCCGGCUUGCAGUGCUGCUGGGCGCCGAUCUUUCGACCCGAGAACAAAUCAGCCAAAGAGAAAGCGAACAAACGGAUCAACCUCGACACCUCGAUCGUGGUGAAACGAUGCGAGAAAUUCGACGUGGAGACCAGGCUGCCCGACGACGCGCAAGCGGCCAUGGUCAGCUGUACCGCGAAGCCGAAGAAAGGGGGAGCGAAAGCGACCGACAAACCUAUUUACGAGAACGUUCACCCGAUCCUCAGCGUCGAAAAGGUUCGCGAUCGUCUGCAACGCAACGAGAACCGAUCCAUCGAUACGAACCGAGAUCCUCUGCUUUCGAGAAAGUUGAGCGUCUUGCUGCUCGGUAUCGACAGCGUCAGCAGGCUAAACUUCAUGCGCAGCGCGCCGAAUACCGAUAGAUAUCUGCAAGAGACCGGCUGGAUUCGCAUGAACGGCUACAACAAGAUGGGCGACAAUACUUUCCCGAAUCUGAUGGCGAUACUGACCGGGCAAAACCAAGCGCAGGCCUACUCGAGGUGCAAGCCGACCGUUCCCUACAUCCUCGACCGGUGCCCCUUCCUCUGGCACAAGUUUCGCGAGGCCGGCUACGCGACCGCUUACGGCGAAGACGAGACCAGCCUAAACACCUUCAACUACCUCAAAGUCGGUUUCGUCGAGCCACCGACGGAUUAUUAUCUACGACCGUACAUGCUCGCUUGCGAGAAGCUGCUGAAAGUGAAAAAGAGAUUCGGCCUAAAAUAUUGCACCGGACCGGAAAGCAGCUUCGACAGAAUCCUCGAUUACGCGGUCGAUUUUUCCCGCGCGUUUCUAGGCCUACCGUACUUUGGCUUAUUUUGGACCAUCAGCGUGAGCCACGAGAAUGCGAACGGAUUGUCGUCGAUGGACGCUCGACUGCUCGACAAGCUGAAACGGUUGGAACGCGAGGGUGUGUUGAACGACACGAUGAUCCUGUUUCUGAGCGAUCACGGGAUGCGAUGGGGACCGAUCAGGAGCACCCUCGUCGGCUGGUACGAAGAAAGAUUACCGUUUCUCUACGUCUGGCUGCCCGAAUGGUUUCGAGUCGAACAACCGGAAGCGUAUCCGUCGCUGCGUGCCAACCAGCAUCGACUCGUUUCCCCGUUCGAUCUUUACGAGACUCUGAGACAAGUGCUCGAUUUGUCCGGAGGUGAAGCGGAUCCGUCGCCGGGUUGUUCCGAUUGUCGCAGCUUGUUCGAACCGUUGCCUCGCGAACGCGGCUGUUCCAACGCCGGGAUCUCGUUGCACUGGUGCGCCUGUACCGCGUUCGAGCCCGUCGAUCUAAAGGAUCCGUUGGUCCACAACGGUGUGAGCUUCUUCAUCGAACACGUGGACAAGCUGCUGGACGCGUACAAGGAUCGCAAGGGUAGACGAUUGUGCGCGAAGCUUCGCUUAAAGAAAUUGAUCAGAGCGAAUCGAGCGAUCGACUUCGUCGACUCGACCAGCCUCGCCUACUUUUACACGGUUCAGGUCAGCCCGGGCGACGGGAAGUUCGAGGUGACCGUGCGAUACCACGACAAUGCCACUUACACCGUGUCCGAUCACGAGGUCAGCAGACUCAACUCUUACGCGUCCGCCGCCAAGUGUCUCGAGCACGGGAUGAAACAGUAUUGCCAUUGCCUACGAUAAAUUCGGACG